AUGUCCAACCAAACCCCCAGCCGGACAAAGGCGAACCCGCCGCACCUGUCCCGCAUCCACGCCGCCGCCGUCGACGGUCGCGUCCGCAACCCCAUCUUCCGCCGGACCCAGCUGAAGCGUCUGCACGACGCUGUCGCCUCCAGCAGCGACGCCCUCGAGCGCGCAAUCCUCGCCGACGCCCUCGUGCCGUCCUGCAUCACCCCGGCCGACGCCCGGCUGGAGCUGUGUCUGACCCUGCGCGCCGUGCGCCAGCUCGCCGCCGACCUCGACGUCAACGCCGCCUUCGCAGAGGAGUACAGCGUCGCCAGCUCCAAGGAUGCAGCAGAGGCCAGGCGGCCGGUCGGCAUCGUGGUCGUGACGCCCGCCACGCACACGCCCGUUUACAGCGCCGUGGCAGCAGUGGCGGCGGCGGUUGCCGGCGGGAAUUGUGUGAUAUUGCAGCUUGACAAUACUCUCCAAGAGGUCCCCUCGACCCUACGCAAGGCCCUCCAAAAUGCUGUCGAUCACGACGCCAUUGGCUUCGUUACUUCAGAUGAAAUCUCCAACGCAUCAUUUUCCGAGACGGAAGUAAUCCACUAUGUCCAACAAAGCCACCAACGACGACCAGAGUCGGCCACACCCACGGAACAGGCCACUUCCUCCACACAGCUACUCCUCUGCCCAAAUACAGGCCGCACCAUCGCCAUCGUCGAGCGCGAUGCGGACGUGGACGCCGCCGCCUCGGCCCUUGUAGGCGCCCGGUUCGCCCUGGGAGGCACAUCCCCCUACGCCACGGAUGUCGUGCUGGUGAACGAGUGGGUAGAGAAGGACUUCCUGCAGGCCGUCCUCCGCCACACGGCCACGGUCGUCUCGGGCCGGGCCGCUACUUCCUCCUCCGCCCUCAACGGCGGCAAGACGACGACGCGCAGCAGCGCCGGCGAUCCGAACCUACUGGACAGGAUCAAGGAAGAAGGCAAGGCCCGCGUCGUCAGCACAGGCGACCUCGGCACCGUGCUGACGGUCGAGGCGCCCGACUCGUUCCUCCUGUCGUCCUCCGGCCCCAAGGUCUCCCAGCCGCUGCUGGCUAUCCGUGCCGUGACGAGCAUGGACGACGCCAUCGACGUCGCGGGCCGGGACCUGCUGGCAGCCUACGUCUUCACCAAGAACCCGGCCAACGCAAAGUACGUGACGCAGUUCCUCGACUCGGCCGCCGCCUACGUCAACCACGUGCCUCCGCGCCUGCUCGUAGGCCCCGCCGCAGUCCGCGGCCACCCCGUCAACCCUGACAGCGCCGCCCCGUCUCCCGACAUGUUUACCGUGCCGAGGCCCGUCUACGUCGGGAAGCGCGGUCGGGAUGCUGGCGGGGACAAGGUCCUGAGCAAGGUCGUCGGGGGUGGUGACGCCAGCGCGGCGGUCAUGGCCGAGAUGGCGAGGGACCUGGGCAGGGAGCUGCCCGCCCUCCCGAGGCCGCUCAAGCAGGUCGGCAUCAACUUCUUUGAGCAGGGCAUCUUGACCGGCGCUGUUCUGUUCUUUGGAACCAUCUUGACAGGGGUCGGGUUCGCAGGCUACCAUGGAUAUCGGUUAUUCAAGUCACGAUAA